CAUACAUUUUGCAAAGGUACCGAGCUAGGCAGAGGUGUGGGGUUCUUGGAGAAUGACCAUGAACCAGUUAUGGCUCCCACCAGACAAUGUUGAUUGAGGAUCUUCUGUCCACGUUGAGUCAGGAAGGCUGGGCACUUUCUAUAUAAUAAGCAUGGUACCUCCUCAGGUUCUGCUUUAGAACAUCAUACUUACCACUCACUCAAUCAUCAAUCGUAUAUCAAGAUGCUUCUCAAGCUUACAACAGUUGUGCCUCUCCUGCUCUCCAUCACUGGAGUCCAGGCCGGCUAUUACAGUGUUGGUGAACAAUGGGGCUGGACAUUUGGUUAUGAGACUGCGAGACAGCAUGUCAGGAACGCCUGCCACGGCUACUGGGAGGGGUCGCAAUUCAAAAAUGGAGCGUUCCAAGACACGUGGUUCAAGUCAAACUCGGAGUCUUCCCUACCUGCGACCGUCUGUAUCAAUGCGGUGACAAAUAAGGUUGGAGGGUAUCACAUGGUACUCCAAAUCACCAACCUACAGAACAAUGCUCGCACUUUGUCACAGACCGAUUGUGAAAAUGGGCUCAUGUCUGAGAUCGAUAGCUGCCCUGCUGGUGGCCAAAGUGACAAAUGGGGAUGGAGAUUCCGCUCCGAUCCAAACCUUGGCUGGUGUUAAAUCUCAAGGAGAAGAAGUCGUUCGCUCUAUUUGAUUAAGAUGAAUAUUAUAAAAUUCAAGUCGAGAUAUCCCAAAAAUAUUAGUGGAGUUUACUUGGACCUUUACUUUGUUGAUCUUUUAUUUUCUCGACCUGUCCCGUCUCCACGCUGCCGAUUAUCUUUUCACACAGAGUAGUCAAGCUCGGGUUCUUACGCUACGGUAGACACAAGGGUUACUGCCAUUCGAAUGUUGAGGGCUAGGAACUCAUUUACGACCCUUCCCUAAGCUUCAAAAGUCGUCACUUGUUAAGCGGUAGUCUUGAAGACAAAUUUGACUAGGAAGGAGACUGCUAAGUAACCAGCCGUAUGGAACAGCGAGCUAAACAUCAUUUCUUUGUGAAAGAGGUGGAG